CUAUAUUUAUCGAACCCAUGUUUUUCAGUAGCAAAACACAACUUUCAUCUUCUCUACUUUACAUUCCUUCCUUGGUAAAAAUAUAUGAAACCCAGUUUAAUGGGAAGUCUGAGAAUUUCCCAUCUCCCCCAAAUGGGAUUUCUGAAAUACCCCCAUCACAACCACAAGCAAUCUAGUAUUAUUACUUGUGGGCUUAGAGGAGGAACAAAGAAACCCUUGUGGAAAUCAAGGGUGCUUUCCACCGAAGCCAUCCAAGCUGUUCAUUCCCUUAAGUUAGCCAACUCCAAUUCCAAAUUACACCAUGUUUUAUCCACCAGGCUUUCCAGGUUACUCAAAGCUGACCUUUUGGAUACUUUGGCUGAGUUACAAAGACAAAAUGAAUUCCACUUAGCUCUCAAGGUUUUCGAAUUUGUGAGGAAGGAAGUAUGGUACAAACCAGACAUGUGUUUGUACUGUAACAUGAUUCAGCUGUUGGGUAAGAAUAAAAUGACCGAAAUGGCUGAACAGCUUUUUACUGAACUAGAAAAAGAUGGGUUGAAACCUGAUACAAGGGCAUUCACCGAGCUGAUUGGAGCAUAUUUGCAAGUUGGUAUGAUGGAGAAGGCAAUGGAGACAUAUGAGAGACUAAAGGCAUGUGGCUGUUCUCCAGAUAAGUUGACCUUUACAAUUUUGAUAAGAAACCUUGAGAAUGUGGGGAAAGAAGAGCUUGCAGCGGUUGUAAAGAAGGAUUGUAUUGAAUAUCUGGAGUUUCCUGAGAGAUUCCUUGAAGAUGUUCGAAAAAAGCAUUUGAAGAGGCGGCAGCUUGAUCUUGUUUGACAGUUUGCAGUCCAAAGGUGACGAAUCACUUGUGCAGAUUCUAGCUUCCUGAGAGUCCAGCUCUCGUGUGAAUUUUCAUUAACAGGGAGGGAUUCGUGAAGCACGGUUGUUUAAGGCAACUCUGCUUUGGCACAUUUAUGGCCAUUAACUUCAUGAUUUUCUGCAUCUGCUUUAUGUUUUGUCAUUUAGGAUUCGUGCUUUUCUUCAACAUCUCCAUUACUUUGUGCAUCAAGGAGUAAUUUUGGAAAUGUAUUAGGAACAGCAUUAUAGAUAAUUUGCUGGAUUUUGUGUUUUAAUAGGUUAUAUUCUGAUGCUUUCUCAGAAAAA